UGUGUUGAGAUCAUAUAGCGUUGAAAUUGCAACUUCCAUCUCUCUUUGAAAUUUUUGUGUUAACGGUUUAGUGAGUAGCCAGCUGCAAAACGACCUUACAAACUUUCAUUCUUUAAUCCGCGUUGUCAGUUGCCAAGACAUUACCGUGGAAGACGCAGCGUUUCCGCGAAUGCUCCCACUGCGUGCGCGUGCAGUUUUUUUCUCGCCAAAUGUUGUGAUCACAUUAAAACAGGAUUAGUUAAACGAAAACAGUGUACGGAUUAACAAGGAUUUAAACGAUUUAAAAGAACCAUUUGCCUUUAAUUUAAACCUCUUUUUAGUUUAAUUUUAAAUAAAUAAAAAUACAUAUUUUUUAAAACAAAUAUUUUUAUCAUGAAGUGUUAAUUGAAAUUGUGUCUGUAAAAAUUGAAAUACUUUUAAUUUUAAGAAAAAAAUAAAGUUGCUAAAAAAUCUCAAUCAUGUGGUGAAUUUAUGUUUAAAGUUGUCAAGGAAAAAAAAACAAGUAACAACUAUAAUAUCUUAACUUGUUCCAUUGUCAGUGAAUUGUGCAUUUUUGUGGUACACAAACGUUACCACAUUUAACAUAGUUUUUCCUCGUGAAUAUUAUACUUACCACGAGAUUCUGUGUAUGUGAGAAAAAAGUGAUUUUGAAAAUGAAUUUCUCAACAAUUACACUUUACGUCCUAGCUUUAGUCUCCACCACUUGCCUCGAAUUCACAAAUGCCAUCUCAGUAUCAUCAAAUGUAGAAAGGGAUGAGAGUGAGGUUGAAUACUUUGCUAAUCACACAGAACGCCAGAAGCGUCUUAUACCCUACAUGACUUUCUACAUACCCACCGGAAAUGAGUAUCAACAACCCCCACCAAAUCAGCAGUACACCCUAAUGCCAUUGCAAAAAAUUCAACAGAUGAAACACAUUUUGGCCAUUGUGAAGCAGCAACAACCGCCACAGCAGGGUGGUGGGCAAUUGCUGCCAACGACGGGUCCCACGGGUGGUACAGCACCAUCUCAACCACAUCGACCAAUGCCGUUCAGUAAUCCCGCGAAAUAUCAUCAAAAUUACCAAGAGCCACGGCCGCAAUUAACACUCCUCUACAAUAUACGAAAUCCAUCAUCAGCGCCAAAACAUCACCACCAACCACAUCAAUAUAUGACUCACCAAAAUUACCACAAUUCUGAGAAUCAAUUCUUGCAGCAACCACAUUCGCAUCAAAAGACAAAAAUUACACCAUUUUUGCCAUCAAAUAAAUUACCUGGCUACUUCACGCCAAUGAUUUCCAAUACACCCGGGAAAAAUACCAAAAAUUUCAAUUCAGACCCAAUUGUUACAUUCACCGUGCAACCGCAAGUGAAUCAAUUUCCCACAACAACACUCAGGCCAAUCUAUGCAGGAGGUGAGGAGCAGGAGAGGCAAAAGUACGUGACUUUCCUCUCGCCACAAAAUCUGUACACAGUACUGAAAUCCACUGCAAGUCCAACACUCACGACACCGGCAAUCAAUUACCACGAUGAAAAUGAUUUGGACACGAGAGAUGGUCCAUUUUCGCAUCAAGAGCACCGUACAUCGGCAAUGUAUCCAACGGAAUCACCCGUCGUGAAGCAGAACAUCGUGUACAUCACGCAGCAGAAGCCUAAGCAGCAUUUGGUCACUCACAAGGGUAAUUACGGUGGUUUCAUUCCAGUGGCCGUAACUGCGACCUCAACAACCGCCCACCCACCCACACCCACACCAACAAUCCACAUUUCACCCACGGGAAAGACAUUCCUCAAAACCACAAAGGCAACUUUCAUUCAUGAACCCCCAUCCGCCCCAUCAGGACGCGCCCAGGACUACGACAUUUCAAGUACCCAAACACCACCGAGGCAACAUCUCACAGAGACCACACAGAAUCGACCACCGCACCUAACCACAUACCAUCCCACAUUCAUUCACCACCACAAGUACCCCCAAAAUGAACCGAAAAAGAUUUAUGAGUCAUACCAUCAGGAAGAAUAUUUACCCAGCUCCCCAGCCCCACCGAGGCUACCUAUACGCACGACGGCGCGCCCCAUUAUUACCAAGAAUGACUUCCAAUCGAAAUCCCUGACGGAAUUGCUGAAAAAACUUCAGGAUAGCAACCAAUUGCCACAGACACUCACAUCGGAGAAUAUUGAUAACUCCAUUAGGACACUCAUAAAAAUUCUCAACAACCUGAAGCAAGAGCAGAAUGUUGCCGUAGAACCGGCACAGCAUCAAGAUGAUGGCCAUCAAGAUUACGACGAUGAUGACUAUAAUGAGGAACCACGGCCUGAAGAUGAGGAAUUAGUUGGACCAAAUUCAGGACGUGCUGGUAUUGACUUCCCCAACCUCUCGGAAAUCCCACAGACGAGUUUUAGCUGCAAGGAGCAACGCUAUAAAGGUUUCUUCGGGGAUCCCGAGACAAACUGCCAAGUGUGGCACUACUGUGACCUCAAUGGUGGCCAAGCAUCAUUUCUCUGCCCCAAUGGAACAAUUUUCAGUCAGGUGGCUCUCACGUGCGACUGGUGGUUCAAUGUCAAGUGCUCAACCACACCGCAGCUUUAUGUGCUGAAUGAACGACUCUACAAAUACAUUUUGCCAUUUACACCCAAAUUCCCAGAAGACUACAGUGGACCACUUGUUGAUAAGUACUUGGCAAUAAAAUUCCAGGAGAUGGAGGAUAAAAUGCGAAAGCAGAAAAAGGGAAAGCAACCGAGUGAAAUGGAUGCGGACUCAAUAACGGGCGGUGAGGACUCAAUGGAUUCCGACAUAGACACGGGCACGGUGGAUGAGUCGGAAAAUGAAACAGAGGACGAGACACACCAACCAAUUCCGUACACGAGUACGAUAAUGGCAGCAAAACCCACCCCAGCUACAGUCACAAUCAUACCCGCCCCCCACAAGAUGCGCACUAUUGUGGAAAGUGAGAGGGCCGAAGUGGUUGAAAUUAAAUCAGACGGUAGUUCCGGACAUCUACUACCCUCGCACUCAUAUCCCUAGAAAGGAAGGAAACUCCUCUCUAACCACCAACAGCCACUAUGUACUCUAGUUUUGCGUGCUAAAUCGUCGAGAGACUUUGUGUGUGUGCAGUCUCUCUCAUCUAAUUUAUUGCUUUUCUUUCACCUUUUCUCCUUUUUUUGUACCUACCUUUUAUCAAAUUGUUUUAAAUUAUAUUUUAAAGUGAUUUUUUUUUAUAAAUUGAAUAGUUGAAGUAUUUAAAAGCGAAAGAUGACCAAUCUUUCCACUAAUAAUAUUUGUACGCGUGGAAAAUGCAAAAGGAAUUUUCUGAGGCCGGAGGUGCAUUAAAUUCUUGCAAUUCUAGUCAAGUUUUGUAUUUUUUUGUUUUGGAAGUGAAGAUUAAAAAUAUUUUUUUUUAGAGUUUAAGAAAGUUUUUCCACGAUAGUUGCGUCUAUUUUUGAAUUAAUUAAUGUGAGAAUUGUAUUUUAUAAUGUUUAUACCCUCCUUCCCCUCAUGAAAAUUAUUAGUUUAUAAUUGUCAUGGCAAAAAUGCCCCCAUUGUGUUUUACCAUAAUUUUUUGCCAAUAAAGAAUACAGAAUAAUGCGAAAAU